CAUGGAUGCCACAAACUGUCACAGCCUUACUGGAAUUCAUUUCCGCUCAGGGAACAUAUUGAUGUCACAGACGUUUGGCUAAACCGAGGAUGCGAGCCCUACUACAUAUGUUUAUCAUGUGGACCACGCCUUUAGAAUGGCGAAUGUGUAUCGCGAUCAGUUCAAUCAUUUGGCUACUUUCACCAUCUUUCCGACGUCCGUGGCUUAUCAUCAUGCUGUUGCAGACCGUUGAAGUAGGACCAAAUCCAGGGGAAAAGGACGGAUCAACAGACUCAGCAACAUACCAACAUAUCGUUCCGCAAACCUUGAGACAACUUAGCAUGACAGGACCCCUACAAGGAAAGUUCACAUCGCCCAAUCGGCGACGGGCGCUUUUUGAGACAACUAAACGAGUACUUGCCAGUGCGAUUAUCGAUGGGAUUGCCUGCGCAGCCCUUGAGUCAUGUAACAGCACAAUUUUGCCGUUGUGCUUACGCAGUCCCGGAGGAGCCAUGGCCAGUGAAGACGUUUGGAUCAUGUGCGGUAUGCGAGCUGACGCAUAUACCGAAACAGACGACGGCAGGGUUCUUGGGUUUGUGCGGGCGGACGAUCUCCUGGAACCUGUGCUAAGCCAAAACCUCAACGGCGAGAUAUCAGAGGAGAUUGACCCUGGUGUGAUUUGUCGCGUUAUCUGCCGCUGGCGUUCUCGCCAAGAUGAAGAACACGCGGUAGAGACGCUUGUAAAGGAGGUACGGAAUUCUGCAAAACAAUCAAGGUGUACCAACAGCUAUUUUCAAUUCGAUCCAAAGAUAAGAACUAAUGCUGAGAUAGAGAAAUGGUUGGACAUGGCCAGUACUCUACCAAGCAUACAUCUUAAUUCUUCACUAUGUGAUUGGGAGCAAUCAGUCAUAUCUGGACAUCCUACACAUCCGUUACACCGAACCUGCCUUGCCCAGUCACCCCUAGAUCCCAUCAUGCCCGAUGGCUUCCCUUAUCUACUAGAGCCCGAGCUAUCAUUCCUCUGCGUUCCAAAGUCAGACAUGAGAGUCUUCGGACCAUUCCAGUCACUUCUGGACCCACUCUUAACAUCUCUUGGGAUUCCCAAGGCUGAUGAUACAAUCAAUGAGAUCGUCAUACCGUGUUUCAGUCGCCAACUCCCAGCUAUCACGCCAGUAUCCCGAAAGCACGCAUUCUGGGGGCUGUUCAAAGCUGAGCCCUUCCGGAGAUCCAGAUAGUCGGGCACUGUAUGACUAUUGGUUGAAAAAGACAAUGUUGACUAAGUGUUUUUUGGAGACGCGGUUGCAGGAUGCGUAUGCGAAGUAUUAUGAGAGGGAAAUGCCCAAUAUC